UCAAAAUCGGCACGAACUUUCCGAACAAUCCCAAUAUACAAACCAAUUAUGCUGUUGUUGUUCUUGUUUCAUUAGUUUUCUUGGCAAAUAGAAAGGGAAAACAAAAACAAAAAAUCAAAAAAUCUAAUCAAACGAAAGUUCCAACGAAUAAUUCUCUCUCUCUCCCCCCCCCCGACCACCUACUAAUACACAAGCAACAACUUUCAACGUUACAUUGUAAUAUACCAGUUAGUAUAACACGUAAGCUAUACGAAAGUAUAUAUACGUCCAUGUAAGAAGGAGAGUAUUGGAGAGGGGAAUACAUGUUAGUUAAAUCUAUAAUCGCAGGUGAUCUUACCCCACUUCUUCAACGUAACUUGAUAUAGUAUAACAGGUCGCGUGCGCGAGCGCGUCUUUCGAGUACACUUUUGAUACGAUCAGACAGUUAUACUGAAAACACUGGUGAUUCGUGUGCUUAGUAAUCGAAAAUUCUGAUACAUGCAUAUAUAUAUAUAUGUAUACAUGUAUAUAUAAUUCUAUCUAAAAUUAAUUGUAAUUAUAAAUGAUCGCUAUUAUCGAAAGAUUCUUUUUAACGCCAUUAGAAAAAAAAAGAAAAAAUAGGAAGGAAGGAUAAAAUAUAUUUUAUUGAAAUAAGGUAGAACACAAAAAAAAACCAAACAAACAGAUUAAUUUGCAAGUCAUCAUACCCCAAAAUACGCUUUUGGAGUAUUUGAUAUUCUGUUAAUCAGGGUGUUUGUUGAUUUAUACAUUGACACGUGCUACUUGAUUCGUGUGGAUUCAUUUUCAAUUUAUCUUUCACGUUAAUCAUCCAAAUGAAUAUCACCGAAGCAGUACCACCGAUCGACAAAAUGGCCAACAUUUACGACAACUCGUUCGUCCGAAUAUGGCAUUUCCUUUUUUACGAAUUAUCGGAUCCACGAACACGUGAUUGGUUCAUGAUAUCUUCACCCGUGCCAGGACUUAGUAUUUUAAUUGGUUACCAUUACUUUAUACGAUCCUGGGGUCCUAAAUACAUGGAACAUCGAAAACCCUUCCAAAUAAAGAACAUUCUAGUCAUUUAUAAUUUUAUGCAAGUCCUAUUAAGCAUUUGGAUGUUUUGGGAAGCAUUAGAUGGCGCCUGGUUAAGAAAUUACAGUUUUAAAUGUGAACCUGUUGAUUUUUCUAAUAAACCGGAAGCGUUAAGAAUCGCUAGAGGCGUUUACAUAUAUUUUCUCGCUAAAAUGUCGGAACUUCUCGAUACGGUAUUUUUUGUUUUACGAAAAAAACAGAGACAGGUAACGUUCCUUCACGUUUAUCAUCAUACAGUGAUGCCAAUGAUCGCUUGGGGUGCAGUAAAAUAUUAUCCAGGAGGUCACGGUACCUUCAUAGGUCUCAUAAAUAGCUUUGUACAUAUCAUUAUGUACACGUAUUAUUUAUUAGCCGUAUUACUACCACAAUAUCAAAAAUAUUUAUGGUGGAAAAGAUACAUAACGACGUUGCAAAUGGGACAAUUUUGUUUGGCAUUUUUGCACAAUUGUCAAUUGCUCAUAUACGAUUGCGGUUAUCCAAGGUGGUCCGUAUUUUUUACUCUUCCAAAUAUAAUAUUCUUCUACUUUCUUUUUUCUGACUUUUAUAAAAUGGCCUAUGGAGAUGGUCAUGAAAAGAAAAUAAGUGUAACGACAGCGACGACGACGACGACGACGACGACGUUGACCAAUGGAAAAAUCGAAUCCAACGACACGAAAAAAUUCAAUGGCAACGUAAACGAUUACGAAGAUACAUUGAACGUAUCUUCCAAUGGAAAGAUCAAAAAUCUUGAUAAAGGAGAAAAAGAAAAUUAAUUAUUUAUUUCAAGAGAUCAAUCUCGAUGAUUUUUAUCAAUUCAAACAACAACAAUAACAACAACAACAACAACAAAAUUCAAAUCAUGGAGAAGAAUCUUAUUUCUUUGUGCCAAUUUAAAAAAAAAAAAAAGGUCAAUUUCAAAAAAAAAAAAU